AUAUAUUACACACAGCAAAAAUGUCCGGGCUCUUCUUUUACGUAAUUUUCGCGUUCAUCGCAGCAGUGGCCAAUGGCCAGAAGGAACUUAUACCGGAGUAUUUAAGGUCAAUGGAAUGUGGACAAUGUGACGCUCAACAGGAUUGCAGAAUCGAAACGACUGGCUCUUUUUGUCCCUCACAGUAUGACAGGAUUGAGUUGCAUUACAGUCACGACGGCAAUUUAUCGGCGGGCUUGGAUUCCUUGGCGGAGUGCCUACCCAAACAUUAUUAUUUUAUCAACAAAAAGGCAAUUAGCCAAAUGUGUUGCUUCUGGACACCUCAGACGGGUUGUCAGCAACUAAGAAGCAAAUCCUAUAAUAGAAACCCUUGCUCUGUAUGUGCCAAAUGGAAUUGGAACACAGAAUCAGAUCCAAUGGGGUGUCCGUGCCAUGAAAUAGAAGAGCACAGUAGAAAAAAGAGAAAAGGGAGAAAAGGAGGCGCAACAAAACUCCAACAUUUUGGCUUAUUUCCUGUGAUCUUCAUCUAUUUUGUGCAGCAAAUAUUUUCCCCAUUGGCCCUAUGUGGGAGGGAAAUGUAAAAGGUUCUAUAUCAAACAAAAACAU